CUUCAAAGCUCCCAUUAAAACCUAUUAAGAAAAAUAUAUAGAGAGAGAUAUGGACGGUGGUGGAGGUUGUUGCAUAGCCAGAUAUGGCGUUUACGGUGGUCGUUAUGGUCUCUCCAAAGCGGAUCGAAUCAUGCUUCGAUUCCGUCCCAUUGCUCCUAAACCAGCCAGCGACGGCGGCGGAAGUAUCUCUCCCGUCACCGGAAAGUACGGCUCCCCCACAACUACAAGCGGUGGAAGCUCCGAUGUUUCCGGUAAAUCUGGGAGAGGAAAGAGGAAGUACCAGAAAGAUAGUACCGGUGGUAACUCCCGAAGGUGCAAUAAGAAGAAGAGAGAUCUCGGUGGAGACGCUACUACUACCACGGCGGUUACAUUGUCUCUUUUACCAGAGACCCCUGAUAAACGACUUUUUCCAGAUCUGAAUGCUUUUCCGGUGGAAAAACAGAAGCGAAGCGGUCCAUUGUGGCUGAGUUUCACCGGCGGUAGUGAGAUGUUAACGCCGCCGUGCAAGACGGCGGAGAUAUGCCGAAGGACGGUGGUUGUUUCUUCGUGUGUGACGGUUGAACGUGUGACUGACGCAUGGAUCGACGGUUAUGGAUUAGGGAAGACAAAUGAGGAGAGGAAGAUGAAUCUUGUGAAAGACACGUGUCCUGGUUUUAUAUCGGACGGUGUAGGGAGAGUCACGUGGACCAAUGAGGCGUAUAAGAAGAUGGCUAGAGAAGAUAUUAAUAUUCCGAUGGAGGAAGUUGUACCGGAGGAGAUGAGUUACGAUAAUUUUCACGUGAUCGUACGGUUAGUGAUGAAGGAGAGGCCGAUGCUAACGUACCCAGCUUUCACAUGCAGAGUGAGAUUACAGUACACGUGUCAAGAUCGAGAAAGAGGUUCCGUCACGGUGCCUUGUGACGUGUGGAGAAUGGACGGCGGUGGUUUUGCGUGGAGGCUUGACGUUAAGGCAGCUUUGUGCUUUAAAUUGAUGGGCAAAGCGCGGAAACACUCUAGAGGGAGAUCAUCAGGCUUUGUUCCUGAUUACAUGCAAGCUGUUGAGACCAUUGAGCCUGAUGAAUUUGUUUACUCAGGGAGGAUUGAUUCUGUGAUGAAACAUUCUGAGGCGUCUCCUCCACUGAAAAGGAGACGUUUUGGUUUGAAUGGAGAUAGCAAUGGCGUUUCUAAAGAGGUUUUGUCUUUGUCAAAGAUGUCGAGGUCUGAGAGAAAGAAUUUAGUUCACAAGUUGAAGAUGGAGCUUCAACAGGUCAGGGACCUUAGUAAGAAGAUUGCAUCUUUCAGUUCAGACACUGUUCUGUUGUCGCCAUACAAUGAUAUUCAUAGCUGCAGUGAUGGGCCUAGGAGGCCGCCACCAGAAAACUUUGCUACAUUUGUUGGGUCACAGGGCAAAAAGCGCCCUCCUGUGCGCAAUGAUAAGCAGCGGACUAAGAAAGGUCCAUCUCGAUUAAAUGUCCCAACAAUUUCUACUGUUGCUUCAGUGAUGAAGGAGUGUGAGACGUUACUCAAUCGUCUAUGGUCACAUAAGUUGGGGUGGGCAUUUCGUACUCCAGUUGAUCCAGUGAUGUUGAAUAUUCCAGACUAUUUUACUGUGAUUAAGCACCCAAUGGAUCUUGGAACGAUACGAAGCAGACUGCGUAAAGGUGAAUACUCUAGUCCUUUGGAGUUCGCAGCAGAUGUGCGUCUUACAUUUUCAAAUUCUAUAGCUUACAAUCCACCAGGAAAUCAGUUCCAUACUAUGGCUCAAGGUAUCAGUAAAUAUUUUGAAUCGGGAUGGAAAAGUAUAGAGAAAAAAAUGCCUGUGACUAAACCACCAGUCAUUCCCCUAACCAGUUCUGCUUCUCUGGAGUCUGAAAUCCCUUUUGAAGUAGCACCGUUGAGAAAUAAAUCAGCUGCAAUGAACGAGAGCAAGCUGAGGGUGGAACCUGCUAAGUUGGUCAUGACAGAUGAUGAGAAGAAAAAAUUAAGCCUGGAUCUGAUGGCGUUAGAAGAAGAGUUCCCACAAAACAUAAGUGAUCUCCUGAGAGAGCAAAGUGGCAGUGAUGGUCAAUCUGGAGAAGUUGAGAUUGAGAUAGAUAUAGAAACGCUUUCUGAUGAAGUCUUGUUCAUGGUUCGGAAACUCCUGGAUGACUAUUUAAGGGAGAAAAAGAAAUCCCUGGAAAAGAGCGAACCUUGUGAGAUGGAGAUUGUUCAUGACUCUGGAUUCAGUAAUUCCCCUCUGCAGGCUAGUAAAGGUGAUCUGCAAAUUGACGAGGAUGUGGACAUAGUUGGUGGGAAUGACCCUUCGGUCUCAAGCCAUCCUCCUCUUAAGAUAGAAAAAGAUGCUGCAUGUAGAAAUAAUGAAAGCAGCAGUUCGAGUAGCUCUAGUAGUGAAUCAGGCUCUUCAUCUAGUGAUUCUGAUUCUUGUAGUUCCUCUGGGAGUGAAACAGAUUCCAUUAAAGCUUCAAAACCUACAAGUAGAGAGGAUAAAAAGGAACCAGGAAUUGGUAUAAACAAAAAGGAGGAUGAUAGCAACAGUGAGAAGAUAAUUGUAAAUGAUUCUUUGAAUGAAUUGGGUCAACUCGAGCAUGCUGUUGGGGAAACGUCGACCACCAUGGAUGCAGUAGUUGUCGUUCCAGAUGAGGAGGCUGCUCCACCUGAGAGGCAAAUUUCCCCUGAUAAGCGUUACCGUGCGGCUUUCUUGAAGAAUCGUUUUGCCGAUACCAUCAUGAAAGCUCGAGAGAAGGCUCUUACUAAGGGUGAAAAAGGGGAUCCUGAAAAAUUGAGGAUAGAAAGAGAGGAGUUUGAAAAACGGCUAAGGGAAGAAAAAGUACGGUUACAAGCCGAGGCCAAAGCAGCUGAAGAGGCUAGGAGAAAAGCCAAAGCAGAAGCCGCAGAAAAAACGAGGAGGGAAAGAGAGCAAGAGAGAGAAGCUGCACGUCAAGCUUUACAAAAGAUGGAAAAGACAGUGGAGAUAAACGAGGGCAUACGGUUUAUGGAAGACCUCCAGAUGCUUAGAGCUACAGGUGCCGAGGGUGAUCAAUUACCGACUUCCAUGGAAGAGAUGAGUCCCAAGUGUAGUGAGGAUAUAUUGGGUAGUUUCAAGAUGGAAAGCAACAGUAAUCCAUUAGAACAUCUAGGUCUGUAUAUGAAAAUGGAUGAGGAGGAGGAUGAGGAUGAAGAAGAAGACCCGCCACACUUUAGCCAAAGAGAAGUAGAAGACCAUCCCUUAGAUGGAAGUGAAAAACAGGAACAUAGUCCUCACAGAGAGGGAGAGGACCAACACGUUAGCGGAAAUGAAGAGCCGGCGAGCCAAAAGGCACAUGAUAGUGGGAACCAAGAAGAUGAAAGACCCAUCAACCCAAAUGAAAGAGAAAACCAACUGGAGAAUAUGCCAGAGCAAGAAAGUGGAGUUGACAAGGAAGAGCAAGAAACUGAAGUUAUCGAGAUGAGAGAGCAAGAAAAGGAAGUUGUUGACAUGGGAGUGGAAGAAGUACGUCCCCUUGACAGAAGUGAAGGACAUACACUUAGUCCUCACAGAAAAGAGAGAGGGGACCAACUUGUUAGCGGAAAUGAAGACUCAGUAAGCGAAAAGGCACAAGAUCAUGGGAACCAAAGAGAUGAAAACCCCAUCAAUCAAAGCGAGAGAGAAGAACAAGUGGAGAAUGUGUUAGAGCAAGAAAGUAGAGUUGAUGACAAGGAAGAGCGAGAAACUGAAGUUGUUGACAUUGGGGAGCAAGAACCUGAAGUUGUCGAAAUGGGAGAGCAAGAAAAUGAAGUUGUUGACAAGGGAGUAGAAGAAGAACUUGCCGUUGACAGAAGUGAAGGACAAACACUUAGUCCUCACAGAGAAGAGGGAGAGGACCAACUCUUUAGUGGAAAUAAAGAACUGAAAAUGGUGGGAGCGACUGUGGUUAGUAAAUGGACUCUCUGUGCUACUUCGCCGUCGGUAAGAAACUCGGCAAGUCUCAAUCCACACUGCUCUCCGGCCAGGGUUAACCUACGCACAGAGUUGGCCGCAUUUCGUCCGCAGUUCCGCCUCUUCUCGCGCGAUUCAUCAUCUCGCCGCCGUCUUCGCGCUUCCAGCUCCGCCGAAUCGGGAAUCUUCCUCCCUCACCUUGUAGCUUCUAUGGAGGAAGUUGAGGAGACUUACAUUAUGGUGAAACCUGAUGGCAUACAACGAGGCCUUGUAGGAGAAAUCAUCUCUCGCUUUGAGAAGAAGGGAUUUAAAUUGAUUGGGCUCAAGAUGUUUCAGUGUCCAAAAGAUUUGGCUGAGGAGCAUUACAAGGAUCUUAGUGCUAAAUCAUUCUUUCCUAACCUGAUUGAGUACAUCACUUCAGGCCCAGUUGUGUGUAUGGCUUGGGAAGGUGUUGGUGUUGUUGCUUCAGCCAGGAAGCUAAUAGGGAAAACAGAUCCUCUUCAAGCUGAACCUGGUACUAUAAGAGGAGAUCUCGCUGUGCAAACCGGAAGGAACAUUGUGCAUGGUAGUGAUAGUCCUGAAAACGGCAAGCGUGAGAUUGGUCUGUGGUUCAAAGAAGGCGAACUAUGCGAGUGGAAUUCGGCUCUGGCUACAUGGCUAAGGGAGUGAUCAUUGAAAAGACCUUUUCAAUUAUAAUGGACUUCUUACUUGUUUUCUUGUUACUGAUGAUGAGCUUUGGUGUUUAGUUCCUGAUUUUGGCGGUAAUAUAAAAACUGCCAAUUU